UUUGGUCAUCCUGAAGUUUAUAUUUUAAUUUUACCAGGUUUUGGUAUUAUUUCUCAUAUAAUUUUUAAUGAAAGGGGUAAAAAAGAAACUUUUGGUAUAUUAGGAAUAAUUUAUGCUAUAUUGACAAUUGGUUUUUUAGGAUUUAUUGUUUGAGCUCAUCAUAUAUUUACAAUUGGGAUAGAUGUUGAUACUCGGGCUUAUUUUACUUCAGCUACAAUAAUUAUUGCUGUUCCUACAGGAAUUAAAAUUUUUAGAUGAAUAGCUACAUUUAGUGGUGUAAAAUUAAUUAAUAAUUUAAGUAUUUUAUGAACAAUAGGUUUUAUUUUUUUAUUUACUUUAGGUGGUUUAACAGGAGUUGUUUUAUCAAAUUCUUCUGUUGAUGUUGUUUUACAUGAUACAUAUUAUGUUGUUGCACAUUUUCAUUAUGUUUUAUCCAUAGGUGCUGUAUUUGCUAUUUUAGGAGGUUUUAUUUAUUGAUUUUCAAUAUUUUUUGGUUUAAUAAUGAAUGAAAAUUUUUUAAAAAUUCAUUUUUAUUUAACAUUUAUUGGAGUUAAUUUAAUUUUUUUUCCACAACAUUUUUUAGGUUUAAGAGGUAUACCACGUCGAUAUUCUGAUUAUCCUGAUAUAUAUUUAAAUUGAAAUUUAUUUUCUUCAAUUGGUUCUUUAAUUUCAUUAGUUAGUGUUUUUUUAUUUAUUUUUAUUAUUUGAGAAAGAUUUAUUAUACAACGAUUUGUAAUUUUUGUAAAAUUUAUUAAUUCAUCAAUUGAAUGAUUACAUUUAUAUCCUCCUUUAGAUCAUAGUUAUGAUGAAACUUUAAAAAUUUCAUUAAAUUAAUUUAAUUUUUAAAAUGGCAGAUUAGUGCAAUGAAUUUAAGAUUCAUAAAUAAAAUAUAUUUAGUAUUUUUUUUAAAAAUUUGUACAUGAUUUUUAAUAAAUUUUCAAGAUUCUUUUUCUUUAAUUAUAAUAAUAAUAAUUUAUUUUCAUGAUUUUAUUUUAAUAAUUUUAUUAAUUAUUUUAAUUUUUAUUUUAUAUAUUAUAAUUUGAUUUUUUUUUAAUAAAUUAAUUAAUAAGAAUAUUCUUCAUAAUCAAUUAAUUGAAAUUAUUUGAACAAUUAUUCCAAUAAUUAUUUUAAUUUUUAUAGCUUUACCUUCAUUAAAUAUUUUAUAUAUGUUAGAAGAAAUAGUUAAUCCAUUUAUAACUAUUAAAAUUUUAGGUCAUCAAUGAUAUUGAAGAUAUGAAUAUAGAGAUUUUUUUAUAAUUGAAUUUGAUUCUUUUAUAUUGAAAGAUUAUUUAAUAUCUAAUUUUCGUUUAUUAGAUGUUGAUAAUCGAUUAAUUUUACCUAAAAAUUUUAUAGUUCGUGGUUUAGUAAGUUCAGUUGAUGUAAUUCAUUCUUGAACAAUUCCUUCUUUAGGAAUUAAAAUUGAUAGAAUUCCUGGUCGAAUAAAUCAAUUUUUUGUAAUAAUUAAUCGUUCUGGUUUAUUUUUUGGACAAUGUUCAGAAAUUUGUGGAUUAAAUCAUAGUUUUAUACCUAUUGUUUUAGAGGUUGUUAAAUUAAGCAAUUUUAUAAAUUGAAUUAAAACUAAUUUUUAAAAUUUUUAAAUAA